AAGACUCAACGGAAGUCGUCCUUCCCUGGGUUUUCUCCCCGGAAAUAUUUUUUGCGGGAAGCAAGGGAUUCGCCCGGCUCUUUGGGCUCGAACCCGCAGAGGCAGGAGGGUGAUGGCGCCGGUUGUACUGUGCGACUCCAAAGAGGAAGCCUGUUUCCCUGCAGAGCCCGGUGGGUGGCGGACGGGUCACCCCCGGUGCCCCGGAACGUACACCCAGCUCCAGACGCGGGACCUCCCGCCAUUACUCUUCAGCGAGGCGCAAACGCGCCCUCUGGUGGCGGCGCGCGGCUCGAGCGUCGGGACCGGAACAAAACUCUUCCACGGAACGCAGAGAUUGAUAGCAACAUCGCCAGCUUCUCGCCUGUCACCGACAGAACUGAUAGAAAUGCAGAAUGAUCUCUUUAAUAAAGAGAAAAACAGGCAGUUAUCAUUAACUCCUCGCACUGAGAAGAUCGAAGUUAAACACGUUGGGAAAACCGACCCUGGCACUAUCUUUGUGAUGAAUAAAAACAUUUCAACUCCUUAUAAUUGUGCUAUGCAUUUAAGUGAGUGGUACUGCAGGAAGUCCAUUCUGGCUCUUGUGGACGGACAGCCUUGGGACAUGUAUAAACCUUUGACCAAAUCCUGUGAAAUUGAAUUUCUUACUUUCAAAGAUCGUGAUCCAGGAGAAGUGAAUAAGGCUUAUUGGCGUUCUUGUGCCAUGAUGAUGGGCUGUGUGAUAGAGAGGGCAUUCAAAGAUGAAUAUGUGGUCAGCUUGGUCAGAGCUCCAGAAGUUCCUGUAAUCUGUGGAGCCUUCUGCUAUGAUGUAGUUCUGGAUAAGAGACUUGAUGAGUGGAUGCCAACAAAAGAGAACCUACGUUCCCUCACGAAAGAUGCUCACUCUUUAAUUUAUAAAGAUCUUCCAUUUGAAACUCUGGAAGUGGAAGCAAAAGUGGCGUUAGAAAUAUUUCAGCGCAACAAGUACAAAAUGGAUUUCGUAGAAGAGAAGGCAUCUCAGAACCCUGAGAGAAUAGUUAAGUUACACAGAUUUGGUGACUUCAUUGAUGUGAGUGAGGGUCCUGUUAUUCCAAGAACAAGUAUUUGUUUCCAGUAUGAAGUGUCAGCAGUUCACAAUCUUCAAGCCACUCAGUUGAGUCUUGUACGAAGAUUCCAGGGUCUGUCUUUACCUGUACACUUAAGAGCACAUUUUACGAUAUGGGAUAAACUGUUGGAAAGAUCUCGGAAAAUGGUAACCGAAGAUCAAACUAAACCUACAGAGGAAAGUACAUCGACCUAGUAACUUCCUAAAAUUUAAAUAUGUAUAGUAAAUUAAAUAAAAGUUUUCUAUGAAA